UUUAGGUGGGAAAGUCAAAGGUGCCAAGACUCAGGCCUGACUUUGCUGAAAGCAUCAGUGUUCUGGAAUAAUGGAUGUAAAGGACCGGCGACACCGCUCUCUGACCAGAGGACGGUGUGGCAAAGAGUGCCGCUACACGAGCUCCUCCCUGGACAGCGAGGACUGCCGUGUGCCCACACAGAAGUCCUACAGCUCCAGUGAGACUCUAAAGGCCUAUGACCACGACAGCAGGAUGCACUAUGGAAACAGAGUCACCGACCUCGUUCACCGGGAGUCCGAUGAGUUUCCUAGACAAGGAACUAACUUCACCCUUGCAGAACUGGGGAUCUGUGAGCCCUCCCCGCACCGAAGUGGCUACUGUUCCGACAUGGGGAUCCUUCACCAGGGCUACUCCCUGAGCACGGGGUCUGACGCCGACUCUGACACCGAGGGAGGGAUGUCUCCCGAACAUGCCAUCAGAUUGUGGGGGAGAGGGAUAAAAUCCAGGCGCAGUUCCGGCCUGUCCAGUCGUGAAAACUCAGCCCUUACUCUCACUGAUUCAGACAACGAAAAUAAGUCAGAUGAUGAGAACGGUCGUCCCAUCCCACCUACAUCCUCGUCUAGCCUCCUCCCAUCUGCUCAGCUGCCUAGCUCCCAUAAUCCUCCACCAGUUAGCUGCCAGAUGCCAUUGCUAGACAGCAACACCUCCCAUCAGAUCAUGGACACCAACCCCGAUGAGGAAUUCUCCCCCAAUUCAUACCUGCUCAGAGCAUGCUCAGGGCCCCAGCAAGCCUCCGGCAGUGGCCCUCCAAACCACCACAGCCAGUCCACGCUGAGGCCCCCUCUCCCGCCCCCUCACAACCAUACGCUGUCCCACCACCACUCCUCCGCCAACUCCCUCAACCGGAACUCGCUGACCAACCGGCGGAGUCAGAUCCACGCCCCUGCACCAGCGCCCAAUGACCUGGCCACAACUCCGGAGUCAGUGCAACUGCAGGACAGCUGGGUGCUGAACAGCAACGUUCCCCUGGAGACCCGGCACUUCCUCUUUAAGACCUCCUCGGGAAGCACCCCCCUGUUUAGCAGCUCCUCUCCAGGAUACCCCUUGACCUCAGGAACCGUUUACACGCCCCCGCCCCGCCUGCUGCCCAGGAAUACCUUCUCCAGGAAGGCCUUCAAGCUGAAGAAGCCCUCCAAGUACUGCAGCUGGAAAUGCGCCGCCCUGUCCGCCAUUGCCGCGGCCCUCCUCCUGGCCAUCUUGCUGGCGUAUUUCAUAGCAAUGCAUCUGCUCGGACUCAAUUGGCAACUCCAGCCGGCAGAUGGACACACCUUUAACAAUGGGAUAAGGACCGGCUUACCAGGAAACGAUGAUGGGGCAACAUUGCCAUCUGGAGGCAAAGUGCCCUGGUCAUUGAAAAACAGCAGCAUAGACAGUGGCGAAGCCGAAGUUGGUCGGCGGGUGACACAGGAAGUCCCGCCAGGGGUGUUCUGGAGGUCACAGAUUCACAUCAGUCAGCCUCAGUUCUUAAAGUUCAACAUCUCCCUGGGCAAGGACGCUCUCUUUGGUGUUUAUAUAAGAAGGGGACUCCCACCAUCGCAUGCCCAGUAUGACUUCAUGGAGCGACUGGAUGGGAAGGAGAAGUGGAGCGUCGUGGAGUCACCCAGAGAGCGCCGGAGCAUUCAGACCCUGGUCCAAAACGAAGCUGUGUUUGUGCAGUACCUGGAUGUGGGCCUGUGGCACCUGGCCUUCUACAAUGACGGCAAAGACAAGGAGAUGGUUUCCUUCAACACAGUGGUCUUAGAUUCAGUGCAGGACUGUCCGCGAAACUGCCACGGGAAUGGCGAAUGUGUAUCUGGCCUGUGUCACUGCUUCCCAGGAUUUCUAGGAGCAGACUGCGCUAAAGCCGCCUGCCCCGUCCUGUGCAGUGGGAACGGACAGUAUUCGAAAGGAACGUGCCAGUGCUAUAGCGGCUGGAAAGGUGCCGAGUGUGACGUGCCUAUGAACCAGUGCAUUGACCCCACCUGUGGGGGCCACGGCUCCUGCAUUGAGGGCAACUGCGUGUGCUCCGCAGGCUACAAAGGGGAGCACUGCGAGGAAGUGGACUGCCUGGAUCCCACCUGCUCCAGCCACGGGGUCUGUGUGAAUGGAGAGUGCCUUUGCAGCCCUGGCUGGGGCGGUCUCAACUGUGAGCUGGCAAGGGUUCAGUGCCCAGACCAGUGCAGUGGCCACGGCACAUACCUCCCCGACUCAGGCCUCUGCAGCUGCGAUCCCAACUGGAUGGGUCCCGACUGCUCCGUUGAAGUGUGCUCAGUAGACUGUGGUACUCACGGCGUCUGCAUCGGGGGAGCCUGCCGCUGUGAAGAGGGCUGGACAGGCGCAGCUUGUGACCAGCGCGUGUGCCACCCCCGCUGCAUUGAGCACGGGACCUGUAAAGAUGGCAAAUGUGAAUGCCGAGAGGGCUGGAAUGGUGAACACUGCACCAUUGAUGGCUGCCCUGAUUUGUGCAACGGUAACGGGAGAUGCACACUGGGUCAGAACAGCUGGCAGUGUGUCUGCCAGACCGGCUGGAGAGGGCCCGGAUGCAACGUUGCCAUGGAAACCUCCUGUGCUGAUAACAAGGAUAAUGAGGGAGAUGGCCUGGUGGACUGCCUGGACCCCGACUGCUGCCUGCAGACGGCCUGUCAGAACAGCCCUCUCUGCCGGGGCUCCCGGGACCCCAUGGACAUCAUUCAGCAGGGCCAGACGGAGUGGCCAGCUGUGAAGUCCUUCUACGAUCGCAUCAAGCUCCUGGCAGGCAAGGACAGCACCCACAUCAUUCCUGGAGACAACCCCUUCAACAGCAGCUUGGUAUCUCUCAUCCGAGGCCAAGUAGUAACUACAGAUGGGACUCCCCUGGUCGGUGUGAAUGUGUCUUUUGUUAAGUACCCAAAGUAUGGCUACACCAUCACCCGCCAGGAUGGCACGUUUGACCUAAUCGCCAACGGGGGUGCCGCCCUGACCCUGCACUUUGAGCGAGCCCCCUUCAUGAGCCAGGAGCGCACCGUGUGGCUGCCGUGGAAUAGCUUUCAUGCCAUGGACACCCUGGUGAUGAAGACGGAGGAGAACUCCAUCCCCAGCUGUGACCUCAGUGGCUUUGUCCGGCCCGAUCCAAUCAUCAUCUCCUCCCCUCUGUCCACCUUCUUCAGUGCUGCCCCUGGGCAGAAUCCCAUCGUGCCUGAGACCCAGGUUCUUCAUGAAGAAAUUGAGCUUCCUGGCUCCAAUGUGAAGCUUCGUUAUCUGAGCUCCAGAACCGCAGGGUACAAGUCACUGCUGAAGAUCACCAUGACCCAGUCCACAGUGCCCUUAAACCUCAUCAGGGUUCACCUGAUGGUUGCUGUAGAGGGGCAUCUCUUCCAGAAGUCCUUCCAGGCAUCUCCCAACCUGGCCUACACCUUCAUCUGGGAUAAGACAGAUGCUUAUGGGCAAAGAGUAUAUGGACUCUCAGAUGCUGUGGUGUCUGUGGGCUUCGAAUAUGAGACCUGCCCCAGUCUAAUCCUCUGGGAGAAGAGGACAUCCCUCCUCCAGGGAUUUGAGCUGGACCCUUCCAAUCUCGGUGGCUGGUCCCUGGACAAGCACCACAUCCUCAACGUAAAGAGUGGAAUCCUACACAAAGGCACUGGGGAGAACCAGUUCCUGACCCAGCAGCCCGCCAUCAUCACCAGCAUCAUGGGCAAUGGCCGCCGGCGGAGCAUUUCCUGUCCCAGCUGUAAUGGCCUUGCAGAAGGCAACAAACUGCUGGCCCCCGUGGCCCUGGCUGUGGGGAUUGAUGGGAGUCUCUAUGUUGGCGACUUCAAUUAUAUCCGGCGCAUCUUUCCCUCUCGAAACGUGACCAGCAUCCUGGAGUUACGAAAUAAAGAGUUUAAACAUAGCAACAACCCAGCACACAAGUACUACUUGGCCGUGGACCCCGUGUCCGGCUCGCUCUACGUCUCUGACACCAACAGUCGCAGAAUCUACCGCGUCAAGUCUCUGAGCGGAGCCAAAGACCUGGCUGGGAAUUCGGAAGUCGUGGCAGGGACUGGAGAACAAUGUUUGCCCUUUGAUGAAGCCCGCUGCGGGGACGGAGGGAAGGCUGUGGACGCAACCCUGAUGAGCCCUCGAGGUAUUGCAGUGGACAAGAAUGGGCUCAUGUACUUCGUUGAUGCCACCAUGAUCCGAAAGGUUGACCAGAAUGGAAUCAUCUCCACCCUGCUGGGCUCCAAUGACCUCACUGCUGUCCGGCCACUGAGCUGUGACUCCAGCAUGGAUGUCGCCCAGGUUCGCCUGGAGUGGCCAACAGACCUUGCGGUCAACCCCAUGGACAAUUCCCUGUAUGUUCUAGAGAACAACGUCAUCCUCCGAAUCACUGAGAACCACCAAGUGAGCAUCAUCGCGGGUCGCCCCAUGCACUGCCAGGUUCCCGGCAUCGACUACUCGCUCAGCAAACUCGCCAUUCACUCUGCUCUGGAAUCAGCCAGCGCCAUCGCCAUCUCUCACACAGGGGUCCUCUACAUCACUGAGACGGACGAGAAGAAAAUUAACCGUCUGCGCCAGGUAACCACCAACGGGGAGAUCUGCCUCUUAGCCGGGGCAGCCUCAGACUGCGACUGCAAAAACGACGUCAAUUGCAUCUGCUACUCUGGAGACGACGCCUAUGCCACUGAUGCCAUCCUGAAUUCCCCAUCGUCCUUAGCUGUGGCUCCAGAUGGCACCAUCUACAUUGCAGACCUGGGCAACAUUCGGAUCAGGGCGGUCAGCAAGAACAAACCCGUUCUCAAUGCCUUCAACCAGUACGAGGCCGCCUCUCCUGGAGAGCAGGAGCUGUACGUCUUCAAUGCGGAUGGGAUCCACCAGUACACUGUGAGCCUGGUGACCGGGGAGUACCUAUACAACUUCACAUACAGCGCUGACAAUGACGUCACCGAGUUAAUUGACAAUAAUGGAAAUUCCCUAAAGAUCCGUCGGGAUAGCAGUGGCAUGCCCCGCCACCUGCUCAUGCCAGACAAUCAGAUCAUCACCCUCACUGUGGGCACCAACGGGGGCCUCAAAGUUGUGUCCACACAAAACCUGGAGCUUGGCCUCAUGACCUAUGAUGGGAACACUGGGCUCCUGGCCACCAAGAGUGAUGAAACGGGAUGGACGAUCUUCUAUGACUAUGACCACGAGGGCCGUCUGACCAACGUGACGCGCCCCACCGGGGUGGUGACCAGUCUGCACCGCGAAAUGGAGAAAUCCAUCACCAUCGACAUCGAGAACUCCAACCGUGACGACGAUGUCACUGUGAUUACCAACCUCUCCUCGGUGGAGGCCUCCUACACAGUGGUACAGGAUCAAGUGCGGAACAGCUACCAGCUCUGUAACAAUGGCACCCUGAGGGUGAUGUACGCCAACGGCAUGGGCGUCAGCUUCCACAGCGAGCCCCACGUCCUAGCGGGCACCAUCACCCCCACCAUUGGGCGCUGCAACAUCUCCCUGCCCAUGGAAAACGGCCUCAAUUCCAUUGAGUGGCGCCUGCGAAAGGAACAGAUUAAAGGCAAAGUCACCAUCUUUGGCCGGAAGCUCCGGGUCCAUGGAAGGAAUCUCUUGUCCAUCGACUAUGACCGGAACAUUCGGACAGAAAAGAUCUAUGACGAUCACCGCAAGUUCACCCUGAGGAUCAUUUAUGACCAGGUGGGCCGUCCCUUCCUCUGGCUGCCCAGCAGCGGGCUGGCAGCGGUCAACGUCUCCUACUUCUUCAACGGGCGCUUGGCUGGCCUUCAGCGCGGGGCCAUGAGCGAGAGGACGGACAUCGACAAGCAAGGCCGGAUUGUGUCCCGCAUGUUCGCCGACGGGAAAGUGUGGAGCUACUCCUACCUGGACAAGUCCAUGGUCCUCCUGCUCCAGAGCCAGCGCCAGUACAUAUUUGAGUAUGACUCCUCUGACCGUCUCCACGCUGUCACCAUGCCCAGCGUUGCCCGGCACAGCAUGUCCACCCAUACCUCCAUUGGCUACAUCCGCAACAUUUACAACCCCCCAGAAAGCAACGCUUCGGUCAUCUUUGACUACAGCGAUGAUGGCCGCAUCCUAAAGACAUCCUUUCUGGGCACGGGGCGCCAGGUGUUCUACAGGUAUGGGAAACUGUCCAAGUUAUCGGAGAUUGUCUACGACAGUACUGCUGUCACCUUCGGGUACGACGAGACCACCGGUGUCCUGAAGAUGGUCAACCUCCAAAGCGGGGGCUUCUCUUGCACCAUCAGGUACCGGAAGAUUGGCCCCCUGGUGGACAAGCAGAUCUACAGGUUCUCGGAGGAAGGCAUGAUCAACGCCAGGUUUGACUACACCUACCACGACAACAGCUUCCGGAUCGCGAGCAUCAAGCCGGUCAUCAGUGAGACUCCCCUCCCCGUGGACCUGUACCGCUACGAUGAGAUUUCUGGCAAGGUGGAGCACUUCGGCAAGUUCGGAGUCAUCUAUUACGACAUCAACCAGAUCAUCACCACGGCCGUGAUGACCCUGAGCAAGCACUUCGACACCCACGGGCGCAUCAAGGAAGUGCAGUACGAGAUGUUCCGCUCGCUCAUGUACUGGAUGACCGUGCAGUACGACAGCAUGGGCCGGGUCAUCAAGCGGGAGCUGAAACUGGGGCCCUACGCCAACACUACCAAGUACACCUAUGACUAUGACGGGGACGGGCAGCUGCAGAGCGUGGCGGUCAAUGACCGGCCCACCUGGCGCUACAGCUACGACCUCAACGGGAACCUCCACCUGCUGAACCCGGGCAACAGCGUGCGCCUCAUGCCCCUGCGCUACGACCUGCGCGACCGGAUAACCAGGCUGGGGGACGUGCAGUACAAAAUCGACGACGACGGCUACCUGUGCCAGCGGGGGUCGGACAUCUUCGAGUACAACUCCAAGGGCCUCCUGACGCGAGCCUACAACAAGGCCAGCGGCUGGAGCGUGCAGUACCGCUACGACGGUGUGGGGCGGCGCGCAUCCUACAAGACCAACCUGGGCCACCACCUGCAGUACUUCUACUCGGACCUGCACAACCCCACACGCAUCACCCACGUUUACAACCACUCCAACUCGGAGAUCACCUCGCUGUACUACGACCUGCAGGGUCACCUCUUUGCCAUGGAGAGCAGCAGUGGGGAGGAGUACUAUGUGGCCUCGGACAACACGGGGACUCCCCUGGCCGUGUUCAGCAUCAAUGGCCUCAUGAUCAAGCAGCUGCAGUACACGGCCUAUGGGGAGAUUUACCAUGACUCCAACCCAGACUUCCAGAUGGUCAUUGGCUUCCACGGGGGCCUCUACGACCCCCUGACCAAGCUGGUCCACUUCACCCAGCGGGAUUAUGAUGUGCUGGCAGGGCGCUGGACCUCCCCAGACUACACCAUGUGGAAAGACGUGGGCAAGGAGCCGGCGCCCUUCAACCUCUACAUGUUCAAGAGCAACAACCCUCUCAGCAACGAGCUGGAUUUGAAGAACUACGUGACAGAUGUGAAAAGCUGGCUUGUGAUGUUUGGAUUUCAGCUCAGCAACAUAAUUCCCGGCUUCCCAAGAGCCAAAAUGUAUUUCGUGCCUCCUCCCUACGAAUUGUCAGAGAGUCAAGCGAGUGAGAGUGGCCAGCUCAUUACAGGCGUCCAGCAGACGGCAGAGAGACAUAAUCAGGCCUUCAUGGCUCUGGAGGGGCAGGUCAUUUCUAAAAAGCUCCACGCCAGCAUCCGAGAGAAAGCAGGCCACUGGUUUGCCACCACCACGCCCAUCAUUGGCAAAGGUAUCAUGUUUGCCAUCAAGGAAGGGCGGGUGACCACCGGUGUGUCCAGCAUCGCCAGCGAGGACAGCCGCAAGGUGGCAUCUGUGCUGAACAACGCCUACUACCUGGACAAGAUGCACUACAGCAUCGAGGGCAAGGACACCCACUACUUUGUGAAGAUCGGCUCGGCCGACAGUGACCUGGUCACGCUGGGCACUACCAUCGGCCGCAAGGUACUGGAGAGCGGGGUGAACGUGACCGUGUCGCAGCCCACGCUGCUGGUCAAUGGCAGGACUCGAAGGUUCACCAACAUCGAAUUCCAGUACUCCACGCUGUUGCUCAGCAUCCGCUACGGCCUCACCCCCGAUACCCUGGACGAAGAGAAGGCCCGCGUCCUGGACCAGGCGAGACAGAGGGCCCUGGGCACCGCCUGGGCCAAGGAGCAGCAGAAAGCCAGGGACGGCCGAGAGGGCAGCCGCCUGUGGACUGAGGGCGAGAAGCAGCAGCUGCUGAGCUCGGGGCGCGUGCAGGGCUACGAGGGCUAUUACGUCCUUCCCGUGGAGCAGUACCCCGAGCUGGCGGACAGCAGCAGCAACAUCCAGUUCCUAAGACAGAACGAGAUGGGAAAGAGGUAACAAAGUCACCCGCUGCCAUUCCUCGUCUGGAUGGCUGAGCAGGAGUAACUGUGCUCUCCUCUCCUAAGGAGAUGAAGACCUAACAGGGGCACGGAGGCUGGGCUGCUUUAGGAGACCAAGUGGCAAGAAAGCUCACAUUUUUUGAGUUCAAAUGCUACUACCGUCCAAGCAAGAAGUCCCUCAUCCUGAAGCACACUAAAGCCCAGCGCAAAUUCUGAGGAAAUCAAAACAAACGGAUGAACGAAUGAAUGAACAGACACACAAAAAUGUUCCGAGUUCCCCUAAAAUAUGGCCCACUUGUUCUGGGUCUACCGCAGAAAAGAGACACUAAAUAUCCAAAAGGAACAAAAGAACAGAAAAAAAAAA